UCGAAGAAGCCGAAGAGAUAGGAUCGAUGGAGAUGUUGGCUAAGUCUCGCAGCUUUCUGCUAUUUUUUCUGGCGAUAUUCACCAUCAAAUUCGGCGGUGCUUUGGCUGCUUGGUUGAGUGCCCAUGCAACUUUCUACGGAGGGAGUGAUGCUUCCGGGACAAUGGGAGGUGCAUGUGGGUACGGGAACUUGUACACGGAUGGGUACGGAAUCAAGACAGCGGCGUUGAGCACAGUUUUGUUCAACAAAGGCAACGCAUGUGGAGGUUGUUAUCAGAUAACGUGUGACGCAACCAAGGUGCCUCAGUGGUGCCUCAAGGCUACCUCUAUCACCGUCACUGCCACCAAUUUGUGUCCACCAAACUACGCUCUCCCCAACGACAAUGGCGGAUGGUGUAACCCACCACGCCACCACUUCGAUAUGUCACAGCCUGCCUUUCAAACCAUCGCCCUGUAUAGGGCCGGGAUUGUGCCCGUUCUCUACAGGAGGGUUCCAUGUCAGAGAAGUGGAGGAAUCAGGUUUACAAUGAAUGGGCGUGAUUACUUUGAGCUGGUGCUCAUUUCCAAUGUAGGGGGUGCUGGAGAGAUCUCAAACGUUUGGAUCAAAGGUUCAAGAAAUCCCAACUGGGAGGCCAUGACAAGGAGCUGGGGAUCAAACUGGCAGAGUUUAUCGUAUCUGAAUGGCCAGAGUUUGUCUUUCAAAAUCCAGACCAGCGACGGACAGACCCGCACUGCCUUGAACGUUAUCCCUUCCAAUUGGAAGUUCGGCCAGUCCUUCUCUAGCACUGUUCAAUUCUGAUUCUGUCAACUCAUAGAUUUCAAAAUUAAAGCCCCUACCUUUGUAUGCUAUGAUGAACAUAUAUAUAUAAUAACGUACGUUUAGACAUUUCAUUAUUAUCUUUGUCUGUCUGAUUCACCAAUUAAUGUACUUAC